UUUAAACACAGCUCUGUCUUUUAGUUCCUGUCUGCACCUGAGCCACCAUGGCCACCGAGUCCCCCUCCCUGUUCCUGCUGCUGGCCUCCCUCCUGUCGGCCGUGCACGCGGAGGGUUUCCCGCUGGUCCCGGCUGAGCUCGCCCCCGUGCCCUGUAAUGACAAGGCGGUGGAGAAGCUGUCUCGUCUGGCUCUCACCUACAUCAACGAGGACCGCGGGGACGGCUACAAGUUUGCCCUCAACCGCAUUGCAAACGUGCACUUGCAGGCUCAGGGCCCAGCAGGCAACGUGUACUACCUGGACCUGGACGUCCUCGAGACCAAGUGUCACAUCGGCAGCCGCAAACCAUGGAAACGCUGUGACGUCAGGCCGUUCAUGGAGACGCAAAUCUCUGGAAACUGUAACACAACCAUCCUGCACACACCAGAGGGCUUCUCCUACCUGUACAGCUACGACUGCAUCCUGGUGCCAGAUCCCCCAGAGACGCUGCAGCAGGUCUGUCCCACCUGCCCCCUGCUGCUGCCCUUGGACAGCCCACAGGCCGUGAAGACAGCGCAGGUCACCCUGGCGUCCUACAGGAGGCGCUCCACGCUGGGGGCAGGACUCGGGCUGAAGACGAUCACCAGAGCUUCAGCGCAGGUGGUGCCGGAGAAAGCCAGUUUUGUGGAGUACACCGUCCAAGAGUGUCCAGAGGGAGUGACGGAGAGAGGCAGCUGCCGGGGACGCUCAGUCUUCUCUAACACGGAAACGGCAGGUUUCUGUGCCGGAUCUGUUCGAGGUGACAUGAGCGUCCAUCCUGAAGUGCAGGUGUCCUGUGAGAUGUUCAAACUGCAGAACAUAGACGUCCUCAGGCCGCUGCAGCCUCAGGCCCACGACCUCCCUCCGGACCCUGAGAGCCCAACCUUCCCUCCUCCGAUCCAUGAACCAGCAUCUGAUCCACAGCCUGUUCCCUCUGACCCGACAUCGAACCCGGCUGUUCAACCAGCGCCGUUUGACCCCGCACCCGUUGAGCCCGAGCCCUUUGACCCCCCGGUGGCAGCUAACCCGCUCACCUCCUCCUCCUCCUCCUCCUCCAGCGAGUCGGCUGAAGGGUUGGUCAACCAGCAGCGGGAACCAGCACCAGCUCCUGAGUUGUUCGCCUCCUCCUCUGAAGAGGUCGGCGGCCCCCUGGCGCUGCGGCCGCCCUUCGACUUCCACUACCAGAGGCGUGAGCGCAGGAGACGCCAGGCCUUGAUGGAAACUUCCACCACACACAGCCCCAUCUUCCUGUCUGAUUUCCCCAGUGGCCGCUCUCCUUUCCGCUCCUGUCCCGGUCCCGCUCGAUACACCACAGUUUAACCGGCGCUGCUCAGGGAAACCAUUUGUUCAUCUUUAAUUUAUCCUCGGAGACAGUGCAGCAAUAAACUGCUGCGCUCCCCGUCACUGCAGGCUUGUAAUAAUUUGUGCUAAUGAGAUGAAUGCUAGCUCCUUGUUUUUGCCGUGGCCCUGAAAUGACCUCUCUGCCGCAAAUGGUACAAAGCUGACAAAACAGCCACGAGUUAAAUCACAUGUAAUAGAACGUGGCUUCAAAUAGUUGAACAAUUUGAGUAAAUCAUUGUUUUAAAGAACUUCAAUACUUAAGCUGAUAGUCGGAUACUUACAGGAUCUAUUUUGGUGAAAUAAAGAAAUAAAGGAUAAGAUUUUAGAGCUCAAUAUUUAACAAUUUGAUUUUUCUUAGUCGGUUUAUCAAUUAGCUGAGUGAAGGACAAUGAAUCAGCAGCUAAUUUAGUGCAUAAACUAUAAUAUAACUCUUUCAGAAGUGAGAUGGCUUCCUACUUUUUAUAUAUUUUCAAAUUGAGUGUCUAUGGAUUGUGUAGAAUUGUUCUGUACAAAGGAAACAAAGAACAGAAGCAUGAAUAAAAGCGUAGUAUUUUACUUGGA